CAAUCCAAUCCGACUGAGAAAUGUUUAAAGAUGGCGCCGGCCACGAAGCAUACGAAGCCUCCGCCGUACGGUCAUCGAUUUAAUAUAUCCAAUUUGGAGCAAAUACUGCCGGAGUUAUCUACUGCUCUGAAGGAGAAAGUGUGCAUCGUUUCGUUCGUUGGGAAGACGACGUUGAAAGGUGGCAGCGUAAAGGCGAACCUUAUCGAUGAUGUGCUCGGAAACAACGUACUCGAGCCUGAAUUGGGAGUUGAUGAGGAGAUUGGUGAAGACAAUUUCAAAAUUGAAGGCUUCUAUCACCGAGAGGGUCGUGUCAUCUUUCUAUACUGCUUUGGUGCAUUUGACUCUGCUUGCUUAGUGCAAGUCUGCAAGAGAAUGGAACAGGACCUGAAAGACAAGAGCUUCCUCGAUGUCUGGAGUGAUCUUCACUGCACAGUAGCACAGUCUCUGCUGUUUCUGUUCCAUGUGUCCCACCUUGUACUGGUUGUCCAUCCGACCGCAACAUUGGACGUCAGUUAUGUGCACCUGUUUCGGACACUGGACAACAUCAGGCAGAAGUGUCUCCAGUCCAUCACAGAUGCCCUUAAGGCCCUUCCGGUGUCUUCGGAGUGGGUGCAGAAUGGCCGGCCCUGCUCGCCGAGGGUCCUGUUUGUGUUCCUCAGCUGCCCCUUGGAAGGCACCAGCUCGGAGCUUCUCGAGGUGCGGGUCAAGACCAAGCCAUCGAAACUCUCCCCCAUCAAGAAAUUGGAGCACUCAUUAGAGGACCAGGUGUACAGAAUACUUCGGAAGAGCAGAGUCAUCACAAACAUCAGUGGAAAUUCCCUGUUUGCUGUGCCCGCCAACCAGGAAUUUGUGUAUGUGAGGACGACCUCCUCCAUCCGCGAAGACACAGUUGACUUCUUCCUGCAGAAACUAAGAACUUUCUGCUCCCCCGAUUACUACGAGUCUCUCUCAGAGGGCUUUCUUUCCCUGUCCUUGGACCCAGCACAGAGUGAGACCCCCUCGCACGAGCACACCUUCUCGUCCUUCCUGUGGCAGCACAUUGAACUCGCUCUGUCCAAAGGCUUCGAUGACAACGUUGGAAGGCAUCCAAUCCCUGCAGACUUUGAGCUUCCCACAGUGUCUGUCUGGUUCAAGGUCGCAGCUAAACUGAGAGAUCUCAUCUUGUUCAAUGAUAGCAAGUCCUCUGUGGCAUCCUCUCUCAAGGCUGCACUUGACGUCGACAUCAGGUUUUCCGAAGGGCGUUGCGGUAAGGUCCUUCCAGUUGCAUCUGCCUCAUACCAGGAAAACCUGCCUAGUCAUUAUACUGCCGACUACCACCAGAGAAAGCUGGCACACGCCUUCCAGCUGUUCAGCAUGCACGCAAGGGGCCCUGCAUUUCAGCGGUACGCCCAGCAGCUGAGGGAGGAUUGCGACGCCAUCUGGAAGGCAGGCCGACAGAUGUGCGAGGUGCUCAGUCUCACCGGCAACCACUGCGUCAACCCGCUGCACAAGACCCCCGAGAAUGCGGAGGACGAGAGCGAGGAGGACAGCCUGGUGAUGCCCCACUGCAGCCAGGUGAAGCUCAUCUCGACCUGCAACUGCGGCCGGCAGCAGAGCACCCGCGACGACCCCUUCAUCCUCAAGGCAGCCAACUACAACUUCUACCUGAUGCUGAGUGCAGAGUGCUGUGGGGUGCUGGAGCGCAUCAACUUCCCUGUCUUUGAGCCCAGCAGUGCUGAGCUGGAGCCCUGUGCUUCGGCCUGUGCCCCUCCGGAGCACUUUGAGCUCGAGCCCAGGUCGCGGAGCCGUGCCAAGAGUCUCACACGCAGCCAGACCAGGAGCGACUCGGGCACACGAAGCCCGCUGUCGGACUCCGAGUCGGACUUCAGCUCGGAGUCGCCGGAGAGCAGUGAUGCCUCAGACUCAAGAUCAUCAGACAUUGGUGACAGUGAAAAGAGCAUUUCUCUCUCAGAAGCGAGGACACAGCACACUGAAGACCCAGACGACGAUGACGCGACCAAGGCGUCCCUGGUGCCUUCCAACACGGAGUACCUACCCGGCAUGCUGCACUCGCUGAGUCCUGCCGGCCUGCUCCCGUGCUACAGCGCCUGGUCCCUGGUCUGCCUGGGACCCUCUAGCCUCUACUCGCACAACAUCGGAAUCCAGGACCAGCCAGGCUUUCUGGCUGGCACCAACUUCCUCCUGCCCUGGGAUGUGGCAGUGAAGUUUGACAAGGAGCGCUGGCCUUCACUCUGGGAAGGCAAGAGGGCACAGACAUGGAAGGGCAAGAAGAACGGCAAAGGGGACGGCCUCCAGUUCACGGUGAAAGUGUUCAUCGGCGUCGAGUAUGAGUGCCCGAGGGGUCACCGCUUCAUGUGCGCGGCUCCUGACAGGAUGCUGCGUUCCACCAGCACCGGACUAGUCAAGGACAAUGCCAACAAGAUUGCCAACAGUCAUAUGCCCCUCUAUUUUCCCUGCCCGUGCCGGUCCGUGAAGCCCCAGGUGGCCCAGCUGAUGCGCAUCCACGUGGUGACCCCCAAGGCCCCCGUGCAUGUGACCCUGCAGCCCAAGGUGCAGCCGGCCCCCCACCCUGCACCCACCUUCUUCCCGGGGAACAAGGAGCCCGUCCGACUCUCCCAGUCUGCCUACUGGGUGCUCAGGCUGCCAUUUGUGUAUGAAAGCGAUGCAGGUCCCUUCUUGCCACCCAAGGAUGCGGUCCCGGUAGAAUCUGCCCGGCUUCUGAACGGCGUGUACGGCAUUGUGGAGCAAGCCCCCAUUAGGUGAACCAUGUAGAUGGCCCCUUGCAUGCGAGGUGGGCACAGAGUCCUCCUUGAUUCGUUCCUGUACAUAUGGAGGCACAAAGUCAAUGUUGUGGCUUGAGAUUCCUCUUCAUUAAACAAAGUUGGUGGCUCUCUCACUGUAAGUGUAAAUAUAAAGUCACGCUACAAAUAAAAUACUUUUAACGCAA